UAAAAAAUGUAAUAAAAAUAAAAUAAUUUUGGAGGUCUAUAGAUCACUGUUUCUUUUACCAUUAACCACAGUUAGCUUCGGGUAAGAGACGGUUCUUAGAUUUUCUUAAAUUUUAACUAAGAAAAGCUAACAACCGUCUCUUAAAUAAGAGAUAUAAAAGCCGUCUCUUAACCGAAAAAUGUAAAACAAAAAAAUGUUAAAUCAUGAGUUAAGAACCCCGACUAAGAUACCGGGGUUAGUCAUGUCAUGACUGGCUCUGUUAUCACCAAAGAAUGUAAUGGAUGAAGCGAUUGUGCUGACUUUAAAAAAUGAAAAGACUCUCGAUGAAACCGAACAAGCCUUGGCUAUUUUUAAUUUUACGCUAUAACUUGCUUGCCAUCUCUUUUGGACGUCGUUAUAUGUGUGUAUCGUUAGUGGUUAUAUAGUAAAAAUGGUAAAUGGUACGCAAAUGUUUGCUGAGUUUUCUUUAACAUGUAUUUACGAGAAACAUAGGUUUUGAGCUACUUAAUAGAUAUUGGUUAACCGGAUUAAACCGGUUAGUUCUUACAAAAAUAACAAAGGCUUUUAUUUAUGUAAAUAUAAAGUCCAAAGUGAGCCAUUCAAUUUAACUUCCUUUUUUUUUUUCCUUUUUCUUCUGAUCACCACCAGCCCCUAAUAUUUAUCUUUCUUUUUGCUAAAAUUCUCUCUUCCUAAUUCAAAGAAAUCAGAUUUCUCCGAGGACUGCGGAGAAAGGACCAUUUGAAUUUUAGAUUUACCUGAGACAAUAACAAGCAUCCUGAGAGUUUAUUUUAACUUCUUGGAAAUGGAGCAAGCAAAAACAGAAGUUGAGAAGAAAGUGUCAAGACUUCUAAAAUUCCUCCAAAACAAAAACAAGAUCCCAAGAGAUUCAAAGAGAGAGCUUCUAGCGAUUGCUACCGAUCUCCAAGAGCAUUGUCGAUCUCUUUAUUCUUCCAUUGAUGAUUUUCAACAAGAUUUGGAUCCGACAAGAAGCGGCGGCAGAAGUAAAGUGCAAUCGCGCGUUGCUUCAUCGGAAGAUAUAGAGAAUCUUGUUGAGCAAGGAAGCAAGCUUGAAGCAUUGAGGAACGAGGCUGAAGAGAAAGAACAUGCACUGGCUUUACGCGUGAAGGAGCUAGAGCGAGAGCUAGGAGAGGCGAAAGCUGAGUGUGAUCGUCGUAAGGGAGAUUUGGAAGAAGAGAUUGAGAUGAAAGCUAGCGAAAGUAAGCAGCUAGGAGAGAUGAACAAAGGGCUUAGGUCUCAGAUCUCCGGUUUGAAACUGGUUUUGAAAGAAACAGGAGAUGAGAUAUCGACACUUGUGAACAAGUUUGGGAAGAGUGAGUUAGGUUUAACGUCGAGGAUUGAAGAUUUGAAGUGCCAGUUGAGAAACUUGGAGCAGGAGAUUGGUUUUCUCCGCGAGAGGAACGCGGAAUUGACUGGAAGCUUUCAAGUCAAGAGAGUUGAGGACAAAGAACGUGUAAACGGCUUGAUGGAUCAGGUAAGUAGUUUGAAACAUGAGCUUGAAUCCUUGCGGAACAAGGAAGUCGAACAAGUUACAGAGAAAGAUAUGCAAGGGAGGAGUGUGGAACAAGAAACAGAUGAAGAGAGGAAUAAGUUGAAUGAAGAGAUUGACAAUCUUAGAGAAGAAAAUAAGGAGCUGCACACAAGAAUCACAGAACUUGAAUCAUCACAGAUGGAAAGAGAGAUCAAAAAUACCGAUGAAAAUGAAGAUAAGAGCAAGAAACUGGACGCUGAACUUUCUCAUCAGAAGAAACUGGCCAAGGAACAAGAUGAUGUUAUUAACAGGCUAUCGGAAAAAAUCAAGGAUCAAGAAAGACUUGUGAAAGAACAGAAAGAGACCAUUGACAGGUUCUCUGAAGAUCUGAAGCAACAAGAUGAUGUUAUUCGCAGGCUAUCGGCGAAAAUCAAGGAUCAGGAAAGACUUGUGAAAGAACAGAAAGAGACCAUUGACAAGUUCUCUGAAGAUCUGAAGCAAUCAAAGCGUUGGUCACUUGGUUCAAGCCGAGACUCGAAGCUGAAUCCAAAUGCCAUAGAGAAGAAAAUGGAAGAAAUAGCUGAAGAUUUCCGGAUGAAGAUAGAAGACCAUAUCAGGAUACUGUACAGGAGGAUCCAUGUAGCUGAACAAAUACACUUGGAGAGCAAGAACGAAUAUAUCAAAAUACGAGACAUUGUUCAAGAAAACAAAGAAACUAGAGAGAGUUUGCUCUUUUACCAAACCCAUUUCAAAAGAAUCAAAGACACUUGGGAAAAAGGGUACACAAGAUCGACCAAGAAGCUGGAGGAAGCAGAGGAACACACGGGCAGAGUUGCUAGGUUAGCAAAAGAGAUUGAUUCAGCGAAGAUUUGGGUGUGUGAGAAGAAGAGCGAGUUGGAAACUCUAGCUGCAAAGCUAGAAUGCGGAGAAGCUCAAGAGACUUUGUUGAAAGAGAAAUUAUCUAAGCUAGAGAAGAAACUUGCAGAAGAAGGUACAGAGAAAUUGAGUCUAGCAAAGGUUGUGACCAAAUUUGAAGCGAGAAUUAAAGAGCUUGAGAUCAAUGUGAAGGGACGAGAAAUUGAAUUGUUGAGCUUAGGGGAAGAGAAGAGAGAAGCAAUUAGACAACUCUGUGUUCUCGUGGAUUAUCAAAGAGAUCGAUACGAUGACCUCAAGAAAUCAGUCUUAAAGGUUUCUCUUAAGACCUAAUGUCACAAAACUCAACUCUUUUGUCUUCCUUUUCACGAAUGUUUUUUUUUUAAGUUUUAUUUGUUGUAUCUAUUUACGUUAGAAUCAUCUCCCCAUCUUGUAAAAUAUGAAAUGUUGAUUGUAAGAUCGGGGAUCUAUUGUGUUUGACAGUUAUGUAAAACGUUUAUAUGGAUACCUUGUUUGGCCAUUAUAUAAACAUUUUUGUAUUUAGGUUUAUAAAUGUUUAAAUAAUUUGAUGUAAUGAGGCAAAGGAUUCCAUAGCUGAAACUACAGCCAAUGGGAGUCCGCACUUCAUAAAUCUUGCUUUCUACUUCAUUCAAACCUUCAGGUUUUUAAAUUUUUUACAGUAUCUACUAAGUAAAUAAUUUAUGCACAUUUUAAAAACUCAUGCCUGAAUCAGACAGAGAAAAUAACGUAAACAAACCAUAA